AUGGCCGACGGCAAGCGGGCCACCGACUCUGCCAGAGGUGAGUUACCAACGCGGCAAAGCCCUUAUCGCGAUACCCUCAAAAACCCCCAUGUACCUUGCCCCUCACUAACACCACCAAACCCAGUCUGGACCACCCUCAUCACCAACACGGACUACCUCUCCGGCCUGCUCACCCUAGACUUCUCCCUCAAGAAGGCCCGGUCCGCCUACCCGCUCGUCGCGCUCUACACCGACACCUUCCCGGCCGAGGGGCUCGCCGCCCUCGCGGCGCGAGGCAUCCCCGCCCAGCGCAUCGAGUACCUGCUGCCCACGCGCUCGACCCGCGACUACAGCGCCGACCCGCGCUUCUACGACUGCUGGAGCAAGCUGACGCCCUUCAGCCUCGUGCAGUACGACCGCGUCGUCCAGCUCGACUCGGACAUGCUCGUCCUGCGCAACAUGGACGAGCUCAUGACCCUCGAGCUCGACGACCCCGAGGUCGCCGCGCGGGGCGACCCCCGAGAGAGCAGGCGGGUCUUCGCCGCGGGCCACGCCUGCGUCUGCAACCCGCUCGGGAAGCCGCACUACCCCAGGGACUGGGUCCCCGCCAACUGCGCCUUCACGAGCCAGCACGCCGACCCGGACGCCGCGCAGACCGUCGGCGCCGACCCGGCCGCCGGCCCGCUCGGCUACAUGAACGGCGGCCUGCAGGUCGUCAACCCGUCGCGCGCCAUCUUCGACGAGAUCGUCGAGUACAUGGAGGACAACGCCGCGGCGCUCGACUUUGCCGACCAGAGCCUGCUGUCGACGCUGUACAAGGGCCGCUGGGUGCCGCUGCCCUACGUCUACAACGCGCUCAAGACGCUGCGCUGGCCGGGGGUGCACGACGCCAUCUGGCGCGACGGGAGCGUCAAGAACGUGCACUACAUCCUGACCCCCAACCCGUGGGACGAGCUCGACGCCGAGGGCAACAGCACGAGCGCGGACGAGGCGCACCUGUGGUGGGCCGACGUUAACAAGGAGCGCAAGGCGGCGGAGCGGGCGGCCGGGAUCGAGGACGAUGGGUUCUGA